AAUUUAUUUGGACUAAUGAACAUGAAGAAAUAUUCAAUUGGCUUAAACAACAAUUAAUUACUCCUCCUAUACUCCAAUAUCCUGAUUAUAAUAUACCUUUUGUUCUCUUUAUAGAUGCUUCUUAUCAAGGCAUUGGAACAGUACUCGCCCAAAUAAAAGACAAAAAGGAAUAUGUUAUCGCUUAUACAAGCAGAACAUUAUCUCCUGCAAAAAAAAACUAUAGUACUAUUGAGCUCGAAUGUUUAGCAGUAGUCUGGACA